AAAUGGAGCUAAGCAACAAACAAAUCAUAUUGUAAUACAUAAAGGUAAUUGGUAAAACAAAAAAUGUAAAUACUGCAUAUAAUUAACAUUUUUAGAAAUAAGCAAACUGCUGUAUCUACAAAGCAUUAAAAAUGGAACUGCUAAUUUUAAGAAAAUAAACAGCUCAAAAUAACGUAUGACAUGAGCUGUAAAUGGAUGCGCAGAAAUGGGUAAAAUCUGUUUUCAAAGAUAUACAAUGUGUCUGCAGUAAAAAAAGGGUCACUCAUGUACACAUCUUCCAAGAAAUAUUAACAUUUUACCUCAAGAGCCGAUUUUAGUAAAUACAUGUUUAUUUUCUUUGAGACUUACAUUAAGUGUGCUGGUAUUCAACUAACUGUUCAAUGGAAUACUAUGUUAGUUGCAUAUCACAGGAUCUGGCCUCUAGAAUGAAAAGUCAUGGUCUUGAUUCAAAAUUCUUUCUCAUGAAACACGCAAUUCACUGUAAUUGAGCAACACUCUAACCGUGCUAACCACUGAAAGUUUUCAACAACUCACUCAUUACCGUUGUCCAUUUCUUGGCUGUUCCACUCCGGAUGUCAGAUCAUAACAAGUAGGGUUGCUUUCAGUGCACAGGAAGAUGUGCAGAUGCACUUUCGGCCUGCUCUUCUGCAUCUUCUCUCUAUAUCAGUUAGAUGGAGUUCCCUUAAAGUGGCAUGGAAAAGAACUUACACAAAAUUAUGCAGAGCUUACUGUGAGUGGUAAGCACCUGAAAAAAUGCGAGAACCACAGAAAUGUGUGCGUUAUGGAUACAAAAGACUGUGCUUCAAUAACACCACAUGGGCAGGACAGGUUUUUGAAUACAUCAUGCCGUUAUCAUGUUCUACAAAGAUCCUUUGGCUGCAAAUGGAUUUAUUUAAAUAAACGCAAAGCCAAAACAAUAAACUCAUUGAUUUUCAGUCAACGUAAAAACUUCAUACAUUGUCCAAACAUUUUUAACCCAGUUGCUGCUUUUAAUAUGAAUAUAAUAUCAAAGGAUAUCAUCAACCAAAUACAGUUCAUCUCAGAAGCCUACGCAGUAUCCCUAAAAGCAAUAACACAAGCGCCAUGUCCUGUCAUCACAUCAGUGAAUCCAGCAGUAACAUCAUUAAAUGUAACCUGGAACACAGGUCACUGGCACAGCACGAAAUGCCAAAUCCAUUACAAAAGCUCCACUACAGAAGAAUGGACAGUGGUGCUUUUAGUACUAAAGGAUUUACACUCUAUCAAUGACGAAGAAGAAGAAUAUAAUUUUUCAUAUGUAAUCGAUGGCCUGCAGCCUUUUAGCCAGUACAGCCUUGCUGUUUCCUGCAGUGGGGGUUAUGGGCUAUGGAGUGAUUGGAGUGAAGAAUUUCAAAGCAAGACAUUAGAAGCUUUUCCCACUGCAGCACCUUCUGUCAGUUUUUAUGUGGAGCCCACUGGCAACAGAUUUAGGCGUCAAAAGCUGACACUUAUCUGGAAGGCUUUGGAGAUAAAGGAGGCCAGAGGAGUUAUUCUCGAAUACGUGGUAACCUACACACCUACCAAACAGCCAGGUAUGAAGAGAACAAUUCGUACUACGGAUCAGAAAGCAACCUUAGAGAUGACUGCAGGUGAUUAUAACCUGACAGUAGUGGCCUGUAAUAAAGCUGGACAGUCUCCUUCAGCUAAUCUUCAAGUCAGUGCUGGUGUUUUUCAAAGUCUGCCUAAGGUAAAAGGACUCUGGGCCAGUGGUGAAACAUUUUCACUGAAGAUUCGAUGGGAGACAACAGCUGUGAAUGUUAGUGAGUUCGCCAUUGAGUGGUUCUCUUUUAGUGAUGUUGCCUCUAAACAAUGGAAAAGACUAAACGGCUCAACGUUUUCAACCGUUCUGACAGGUAACAUCAAGCCCCAAAAUACCUACAGCAUCAGUGUAUAUUCACUUUUCGGGACUCUGUGUGCACCUCCAGAAACAAUUCAUGCCAGUGUAGAGAAUGGCACCCUUUUGGACAUUGGUCACCUGCAACCUGUAAAAGUGACAAAAACUUCUGUAACUGUCAAGUGGGUGUGGCAACAACAAUCCCUAACCACAAAUGUCCUUCAUUACAGACUUGUGUUAAGUGGUGCAGAUGGAACAAGUUCAAUAACAGUGUUCCCACAUCAGUGGCAACAUUCAUUCCAGAACCUACAGACAAAUGCCAAGUACAUGGUAUCUAUUUAUGGCAAGACUACAUUUGGUACCUUUUUAAAGGCAAAUGCUGAAUUUACAACACCUCUUCUUGAAACUGAUGAAAUAAUAAAAGCUACUCUUCCAAUAGUAGUACUUAUUAUUGCAUUUGGCAUUUUCUCAGUUCUCUCCAGAUCCGUCUAUAAAGAUUAUUUUUUCCCCAAAAUUGCUAACCCUGGACAUAGUCUUAUUGGACACUGGCUGCUAAAUUCUCCUCAAAAGUUGGAGGCUGUGGAGAAUGUGCUGAAACUGGAGGAUUUCUCACUGAACAGUCACCUGAUUGAAAAAAGCCAUAUUCAGAUAGAGCCAAAAAUGUCCUUAGAUAGAGAGGAAUUUGAUGAAGACAUGACCAUAUCCAAGAUUUCCCUUUCAGACAAGAACCCAAUUGAAAAUGAAGACAGUUUAGAGAAUUCUAUGCCUGGUUUUACUGAGUACGUUGACAUGCCUAUGCUUCAUGCCAAGUUUGGUUAUGUUAAAACCUGUGAGAUUCCAAGAGAAAACAAAUAAUUGGGCAAAAGCAUUACCAGCAGUUCAGAAACCUUAUAGCCAGUUAUCAUGGCUUCUUAUUAUUUUGAGACAGGUUUGAUUUUAUUUACUCAAUAUUUUCUGUAUAUAGCCUCCCAUAUCCAUUUUACUCUCACUUUGUUUCCCAUUCUAAUUUGUAUAAUAUCCAUUUAAUGCUAUACAUUGUUAAUAUACUACAUGAAAAUGCAACUACACUUUACUGAGUGUGCAUUAUCACAUCCCAAAGUGUUUUAUUUCUGCUAUACCACAGCAAGUUACAACUUUACAAUUUUUAAUAAAAAUUAUUUACAAACAGUAUGUUGUUUUUUCUCUUUUAUAGAUAUUGAUAAUUUUAUAGAACAAUACUGUGGUUAUAAUACUACAUUAUAACAGCUACAAAUGAUCUCUAAUUACAGAUCAUUUCUGCAUAAUGAUUUAUAACACACUGCUGAGUUCUCAGAUAUGAAGGUGUCAAGUUAUAACACUAAUUGUGAAUAUAAAACAUAUAAGAUGUAUGUAGUUUUUUACAUUUAAAAAUAGUAAUCCCUGGAAAACUGCUGUGGUAUGUGCACAUUCACAUAUGCUGUUAUAAAACAACAAUCAGCUUCAGACUGGUAAUUUCCCUCCGCUUCACAAAAGGAUACAUCAGUCAAUCCUUAUAGCAGCAUAUAUUACACAGUGUAUGAUGUAUACGUUUCAAAUGACCUCAAGUUUUCUUUAAUGAUUUACACAUCACAUGACAUUAAACAGUAUAGAGUACACACAUUUGCAUCCAUUUGGAAAAAAAUAUUUAAAAGGUAAAAAUAACUGAAAUAACAUAGUGAAAAAGAAUUCAGGCCCAUCCUUCAUCCUUUGCUGUCAAACUGACCAUAGUUGGAAAGUGAAGAAGAUGGGCAUCUUGGACUAUAGUGUUGGCAAAGAAUUCUGGUUUAGAAUUCAGGACUACUUUUCACAGAGUCACCAUGAGUCAACAUCGACUCAAUGAUAACCAACAACAAAGCUGUAUGUAUCGCUCUAUGUCCUGCAAGUGCCAGUGUAGCCACUAAUGUAGCCACUAAUGAAAAGAUACAGCAUCAGUUUACACCAGAUCAUAAAAGUAAAGCAGAGUGGUGUAAUAUUCUCCUAUAAAAAUUUGUAGUCUUCUCAAUUAUUCAUGGCCCACGCAAUGUACCACUCAUGUUCAGUCAGUGCUACAGACCAGUACACUCAAAUCUCGUGAAAUUUCUAUGUAGUAUACUUAUUUCUAAUAGAUUUUUGGAAUAAAUGUCCUAAGUGCAGCAGUAGAGACAAGACAUAUGAUAUCAGUGUGUAACAUUCUCUUACAGGCUAUGCUUUUUCUUAUUUGUGUAAUAAAUUGAACAAACAGAUUUUCUGCUACACUGCCAUGUUUGUUGUCUAAGAUUUCAAACGGAAUCUUUAUCUUAUCUUUCUCACAGUCUCUCCACAAUCCUUGUCAAUUUCACCUCCUUCCUCAUUUUUAUAAUUGAUGUUUAUUGUUCAUUUAUGUUAUUUAUAUUGUUAUGGUUUGUAUCUUUAUUAAAAUGAUGUCUGAACUCAUAACCUUAGACCUAUUGCUUGUUUUACAGUUAUUUAAAGUAGCAAAUCACAAGGUGUCUUCAGGGUUGAGGGAGCAGUGCAUUGUGGCCUAAGCAAACUCUGGUUUCUACACAUAAGUGCUUGUUAAUUAUAUCUGUACAUGGUGGAACAGCCGAGUCAUUUGCUUGAGUAGCUGUACUAUGGAAUGGAUUUCGCCAUUUAUCAGCUGUUAGAGGAAGUUUAGUUUUGACAAGGCAGACCCUAUAACCCUAUCAAUUUACAACCUCAACUCCUUUAUAUCAACGAGUUAUAGGUUACCUUGUCAUGAUUUCAAGAGAUAACCUUGCUGGUAAUACCUUGGAAGAAAAU